AUGGCGAGGGAUGGCAUGUCGCUAGCUGGCACUGCGGCAGUGUCUAGUCCCAUUUGGACUCAGCAGGAUCGGCAAUGCAUCCUCGAUACUUUAGCGCAGUUGUUACUGGACAAAGAAUGUACCGUAUUGAUUGGCCGCCAAGUUCGGCCGAUCUUGUUGGAUUUGUUGGAAAGAAAUGCAGAAGCCAUUAAAGCUGGUGGCCAAAUCAACCAUGAUCGGCAUGAAAGGCUGUGUGUAGCCAUGAGCAAGCUGGUUGCCGACCACCCUGAUGUUUUGCCAUUUGCUUUAAGAUAUUUUAAGAAUACAUCACCAGUUUUCCAGAGGCUUUUCCUGGAGAGCUCAGAUGCAAACACAGUCCGAUAUGGGCGCAGAAGAAUGAAGUUACGGGACCUCAUGGAGGCAGCCUAUAGAUUUUUACAAAAGGAGCAAUCAAUUUUCCGGGAAUUAUGGGACUGGAGUGUGUGUAUUCCACUCCUAAGGAGUCAUGACACUUUAGUUCGUUGGUAUACUUCAAACUGUCUUGCUCUGGUUACAUGCAUGAAUGAUGAGCAUAAAUUAUCUUUCCUGAAGAAGAUAUUCAAUCCUGAGGAGCUGAUACAUUUCAGACUGAAGUUACUAGAAGAAUCUCAGCUGCAGAACGUGGAACAAGCCCUUGUUUUGGCCAAUCCAGACUCCUCAUUUUGGCAAAAGGAGAAAGAACUGCAAUAUACACAAGGACAUAUUGUAUCGGGUGACCUCUCUGCAAAUGUAGUAGCUGUAUGUGGUAUUGUGCUGCCUAGACUACAGAUUGUUUCUGAAGAGCAGGAAAAUAACACCAGCCAUUUUGUUUUGGUUGAAUCUGUCGUCACAAAUCUUCAAAACCUUGCUAUUGCCGUGGCAUAUCAGAGUCCUGUCCUAUUAGAAGGACCAAUAGGAUGUGGCAAAACUUCUUUAAUUGAAUAUUUAGCAGCUGUUACGGGAAGAGUGAAGCCACCUCACAUUUUGAAAGUCCAGCUUGGGGAUCAAACUGAUAGUAAGACGCUGCUUGGUAUGUACCGUUGUACAGAUGUACCAGGGGAGUUUGUGUGGCAGCCUGGAACCUUGACACAAGCCGUUACCAAAGGUCAUUGGGUACUUCUGGAGGAUAUUGAUUAUGCUCCUCUGGAUGUGAUCUCUGUGCUGAUUCCUCUGUUGGAAAAAAGAGAGUUGCUGAUUCCUGGUCGUGGUGACUGUUUAAAAGUAGCGUCAGGAUUCCAGUUUUUUGCAACAAGGAGGAUAUUCAGUUGUGGCGGAGGUUGGUACAGACAGCAAAGCAGCCACGCUGCUCUUUUGGAUAAGUAUUGGACCAAAAUACAUCUGGAUAACAUGAGCAAAGGAGAACUCAAGGAGGUUCUGCAAAGGAGAUACCCUAACCUUGCCCUUGUAACUGAUCACUUGCUAGACAUUUACAUUCACCUUACAGGAGACAAGUAUCAGGCAUCAGAAAACAGUUCUUCUGUCUCCAGGCACAUACCAGAAGAUUCAUCAGGAUUAGAAAAUAAGAAACCAAAUCUGGAAGGACGAGAGCUGUCUCUAAGAGACUUGCUGAAUUGGUGCAGCAGGAUUGCUUACAACUUCGACAGUAAUUCUUCAACCACAGCAGUGAAUAUUUUUCAGGAGGCAUUAGACUGUUUCACAGCUAUGCUCUCCAGUCAAGGGAGCAGACAGAAAAUGGCAAAAGUUAUUGGAAGUAAACUAAACAUUUCCAAGAAAAAGGUAGAGUUCUUUUGUGAACUCUAUAAACCAGAAAUUCUAAUACGGGAACAAGAAGUCUCUGUCGGAAGAGUGCAUCUCAUGAAGAAACAAACCCAGGCUCUCACUGUACAAAGAGCAAAACAAACGUUUGCUGCCACACGACCAUCUGCAGUAUUGAUUGAACAGCUUGCAGUGUGUGUUGUCAAAGGAGAGCCUGUGCUUUUGGUUGGUGAAACAGGAACUGGCAAAACUUCAACUGUUCAGUACCUUGCUCAUAUUACAGGACACCGUUUGAGGGUUAUCAACAUGAACCAACAAAGUGACACAGCAGAUCUAUUAGGGGGUUACAAGCCUGUGGAUAACAAGCUGAUCUGGCUACCUCUGCGUGAGUCUUUUGAAGAGCUCUUCUCUCAGACGUUUUCUAGAAAGAAAAAUCAGACGUUCUUGGGACACAUUCAGACCUGCUACAGGCAGAAACGUUGGCAUGAUCUGCUAAAACUAAUGCAGCAUAUUCAUAAAUCUGCUAUUAAUAAGGAAGUAAAAGAAAAUGCAUCUGGCUCACCACUGAAGGAGAAGUGGGAAGCAUUUGGUCUCAAACUGAAUCAUGCUCAUCAACAGAUGAAAAUGACAGAAAACGCUCUUCUCUUUGCAUUUGUUGAGGGUACUCUGGCACAAGCAGUAAAAAAAGGAGAGUGGAUUUUACUGGAUGAGAUUAACUUGGCUGCAGCAGAGACUUUAGAGUGCCUGAGUGGUUUAUUGGAAGGAUCAUCUGGGUCACUGGUGUUACUAGACAGAGGAGACACAGAGCCUCUUGUCCGUCACCCUGAUUUUCGCUUGUUUGCAUGCAUGAAUCCAGCUACAGAUGUUGGAAAGAAAAAUCUUCCUCCAGGAAUAAGAAACAGGUUUACUGAACUUUAUGUGGAAGAAUUGAGAAAUGAAGGAGACUUGCAAGUUCUUAUCAUGGAUUAUCUGAGAGGCUUGAAUGUGAACAAAAAUACAGUACAAGGAAUUGUGAACUUUUAUUUGUCUGCAAGAAAGGAAGCAGAAGCAAAGCUAGUGGAUGGAACUGGUCACAGACCUCACUAUAGUCUCCGUACACUUUGCAGGGCAUUGAGAUUUGCAGCAUCUAAUCCGUGUAGCAGCAUACCACGCUCACUGUAUGAGGGAUUCUGUUUGAGUUUCCUCACGCAGCUUGACAGAAGCUCUCACCCAGUAGUUCAAAAGCUAAUUUGUCAGCAUAUAGUCUCUGGCAACAUCAAAAGCCUUCUUAAGCAGCAAAUACCAAAACCCCAAGGAGGGAGAUUUAUACUUAUAGAAGGAUACUGGAUUUCAGCUGGGGAUAAAGAACCUACUGUAGAUGAGACUUAUGUGCUAACCCCUUCAGUUAAGCUUAAUCUGAAAGACAUUGCCAGAGUUGUGUCUGCAGGGACUCAUCCAGUAUUGAUUCAAGGAGAGACUUCUGUUGGUAAAACCAGUUUAAUUCGUUGGUUGGCUGCUGCUACUGGAAAUCACUGUGUAAGGAUUAACAAUCAUGAGCAUACAGACAUCCAGGAAUAUAUUGGUUGUUACACAUCAGACGCUUCAGGGAAGUUGGUAUUUAAGGAAGGCGUUCUCAUAGAUGCAAUGAGAAAGGGUUACUGGAUUGUUCUAGAUGAACUCAAUUUGGCUCCCACUGAUGUUCUGGAGGCUCUCAACCGUUUGUUGGAUGAUAACAGGGAGCUGUUCAUAACCGAGACCCAGGAAGUUGUCAAAGCUCACCCUCGCUUCAUGCUGUUUGCUACACAGAAUCCUCCAGGACUCUAUGGUGGCAGAAAGGUUUUAUCCAGAGCCUUCAGAAAUCGUUUUGUGGAGCUGCAUUUUGACGAACUGCCAAGUGCUGAACUCGAAACCAUCCUGCACAAGCGGUGCAGUUUGCCACCUUCUUAUUGCAGCAAGCUUGUCAAAGUCAUGUUAGACCUGCAAUCUUACCGCAGAGGUUCAACGGUGUUUGCUGGGAAGCAUGGGUUCAUUACCCUGCGGGAUCUGUUUCGUUGGGCUGAAAGGUACAGAUUGGCAGAACAGCUGGAGAAGGAGUAUGACUGGCUUCAGCACUUAGCAAAUGAUGGUUUUAUGCUUCUGGCAGGCAGAGUCAGGAAACAGGAGGAGGUGGAUGUUAUUCAGAGUGUCCUUGAAAAACACUUCAAGAAAAAACUGUAUCCUGAGUUUCUCUUCUCAGAGGAAAGCGUCAAAAAGCUACUGACUAAAUCCUCCACACGGAUGUCGGUGAUGGACAGAGAUUUUAACCAUAUUGUCUGGACUCAAGGGAUGAGGAGACUUGCCAUUCUGGUGGGACGAGCACUGGAGUUUGGUGAACCCGUACUGCUGGUGGGAGACACUGGGUGUGGUAAAACUACCGUUUGUCAGAUCUUUGCAGCAUUGACAAAUCAGAAACUGUACUCGGUGAAUUGUCACUUGCAUAUGGAGACUUCGGACUUCCUGGGAGGACUGCGACCUGUCAGGCAAAGGUUGAAAGACCAGGAGGAAUCCGAUGGUUCUAGACUCUUUGAGUGGUGUGAUGGACCUCUUGUUUUAGCAAUGAAAGAAGAGGGUUUUUUUCUCCUUGAUGAGAUUUCUUUAGCUGAUGAUUCUGUAUUAGAGCGACUUAACAGUGUUCUUGAAGCUGAAAAGACAUUGGUACUUGCUGAAAAAGGUGGUCAAGAUGAUGAGGAGAACGAGGUAGAACUAUUAGUUGCAGGAAAGAAAUUUCGUAUCCUUGCGACCAUGAACCCAGGCGGUGACUUUGGGAAAAAAGAGCUUUCUCCUGCAUUGCGCAACAGAUUUACAGAGAUAUGGUGUCCCCAAAGCAAUGGCCGUGAUGAUUUGAUACAGAUUGUAAAACACAAUCUUCAUCCAGGAUUGUCUCUGGGUGGAAUAAACAAUCAAGGAGCAGAUAUAGCAGAGCUUAUGAUGGACUUUGUGGAAUGGCUGACUAAUCAAGAGUUUGGUCGCCAGUGUAUUCUCAGUGUGCGAGACAUCUUAUCCUGGGUUAAUUUUAUGAAUGUCAUGCUAGAAGAUGAAGAGUCUGAUUCUGCCAAGGAAUAUAGCCUUCUUUACAUUUCUCCAAUGAUGUCUUUUAUCCAUGCUGCAUGUUUGGUAUACAUUGAUGGAAUAGGAUCAGGUACAACAUCCUGCGCAGCUGAUACAGCUUUAUUAGCUCGUGAAAAAUGCCUGACAUUCUUACGUGAGAAAAUGAGUCAAUUCCUUGACCUGACUGAUUAUCAGAAGAAUGAACUAAAGAUUUAUAACAGAACAAGGGAGAAAGAGUUUGUGUGGAUGGACGACUUCAUGGGAAUCCAUCCCUUUUUUAUUCCAAGAGGUCCUAUUGUCCAGAGAAACAGCAUUACGGAUUAUGCUCUAAGUGCUGGGACUACAGCAGUGAAUGCACAACGACUCUUAAGAGCCCUACAGCUUAAUAAACCUAUUUUGUUGGAGGGGUCACCAGGUGUGGGCAAGACCAGUCUGGUUGCUGCCCUGGCAAAAGCCUCGGGAAACUGUCUUGUUCGAAUCAACCUGUCUGAGCAAACGGAUGUGACAGACUUGUUUGGGACAGACUUGCCUGUUGAAGGUGGGAAGGGAGGAGAAUUUGCCUGGCGUGAUGGACCGCUACUAGCAGCAUUAAAGGCUGGACACUGGAUUGUAUUAGAUGAGUUGAAUCUGGCUUCUCAAUCUGUAUUAGAGGGGCUAAACGCAUGCUUUGACCACAGAGCAGAGAUUUAUGUUCCAGAACUGGGAAUGAAUUUUCAUGUACAGCACAAGAAGACUAAGAUUUUUGGAUGCCAGAAUCCAUACCGACAAGGAGGUGGAAGAAAGGGUCUGCCCAAGUCCUUUCUUAAUAGAUUUACACAGGUGUAUGUUGAUCCACUGUCAGCAGAAGAUAUGGAGUUUAUUGGGAAUACAUUGUUUCCUGCUAUUGAUAAAAGUAUUAUUGCUAAAAUGGUUGCUUUCAAUAACAAGAUUGACAAAGAAAUAAUGGCUGAAAAAAAGUGGGGUCAGAAAGGAGGACCUUGGGAGUUCAACUUACGUGAUCUUUUCCGCUGGUGCCAGCUUAUGCUUGUUGACCAGUCACCAGGAUGUUAUGAUCCAGGCCAGCAUGUAUUUUUGGUAUAUGGAGAAAGAAUGAGAACCAAGGAAGAUAAAGAAAAGGUUAUAUCUAUAUUUAGAGACAUUUUUGGCCAGGACGCUGAUGUGUAUACAGGAACCAGGGAGUUUCACAUCACUCCAUAUAAUGUUCAGAUUGGUUAUUCAGUUCUUUCUCGUGGUAACUAUAUUCCGCAUCCUGGCAGAAGUCUCUCGCUUCUGCAUCACUCACUGCAGUACCUCGAGUCUAUAAUGAAAUGUGUGCACAUGAGCUGGAUGGUAAUUCUGGUGGGCCCAGCAGCUGUUGGCAAAACCAGUCUUGUUGAGCUCCUGGCCCAUCUGACUGGCCAUCGACUGAAAAUCAUGGCAAUGAACAGUGCAAUGGAUACAACUGAACUCCUGGGUGGAUUUGAACAGGUUGAUAUCAAUAGGCCAUGGCAGCUCCUGUUGGAAAAAGUGGAGAAUGCUGUGAGCACACUAGUAAGGGACAGCCUUCUUCUGACAGAAAUUUGUGCAGAUGAUGCUGAACUUGUGCUGCGUGCUUGGAGCAAUUUCAUCCUGAAUUACAAACCCAAAUCUCUGGGUGAAGGAGGUAGAAGUGUUACAGCUGAAUUAGUGAGCAAACUGGAGGGAAUACUUGUACUUACCCAGCGACUAAACAACAAAAUAAAUUCUUACUCAAAGGCAGAGUUUGCUCACCUCGUAGAAGAGUUCCGGCGUUUCAAGCUGCAGCAAGCCCAGGCUGCUGACCGUAACAGCCACGGCACUUUUGAGUGGGUGGAUGGGAUGUUGGUUCAGGCCCUGCAGUCUGGAGACUGGCUGUUGAUGGACAACGUUAACUUCUGCAACCCUUCUGUGCUGGACCGCUUGAAUGCUUUACUUGAACCAGGAGGUGUUCUUACCAUGAGUGAGAGAGGUGUGAUAGAUGGAACAAUUCCUACAAUAGCUCCUCAUCCAAACUUCAG